AUGAAGAAACACCUUACCAUCGUUAUCAAACUGGGCACCUCCUCCAUAGUCAACGAAACCACCCACGAACCCCUCCUCUCCACCCUCUCCACCAUCGUCGAGACCUGCAUCACCCUCCGCCAUGAAGGCCACCGCGUCAUCCUCUGCUCCUCGGGGGCUAUCGGCAUGGCCCUCCGCCAAAUGGACAUGGAGCGGCGCCCCAAACACCUCCCGCAAGUGCAGGCUUUGGCGGCGAUCGGACAGUGCAAGCUGAUGAGCAUGUGGGACCAACUGUUCAUGCACAUGCGGCAGCCGGUCGCGCAGAUUUUGCUGGGGAGGAACGAUAUCGCGGAUCGGACGCAAUAUUUGAACGCGCAGAAUACAUUUACCGAGUUGUUGGGGAUGGGCGUGAUUCCAAUUGUGAAUGAGAAUGAUACGUUGAGCGUGCAGGAGAUUAAGUUUGGGGACAACGAUACGUUGAGUGCUAUUACGGCGGGGAUGGUGCAGGCGGAUUAUCUGUUCUUGAUGACGGACGUCGAUUGUCUCUACGACAAAAAUCCACGGACGAACCCAGACGCGAAGGCGAUCGAGGUGGUGGAGGAUGUGGGUGAGUUGGCGGCGGAUGUGUCGAGUGCUGGCAGUGCACUUGGGACGGGCGGGAUGGGGACCAAGAUUGUGGCUGCAAGGCUGGCGACUGCUGCUGGAGUGACAACCGUCAUCACGCGAAGUAGCAAGCCAGGCAACAUCUGGCAGAUCGUCAAGUACGCCGAAGCACAGAAAUCUGCAGCACGAAGCAUGGAAGGCAGUGGAGAGCUGCCCUCACAAGAGCCCAACCUCCACAAGACCGCCAUCACCAACGGCACCUCCACACCACGCCUCGCAGAACCCACUCUCCCACCACUACACACCCGCUUCCUCCCCGACCUCCACCCCAUCCGCGACCGCUACUUCUGGCUCCUCCACGGCCUCGCACCCCACGGCACCCUCUACAUCGACGCCGGUGCCCAUAACGCCCUGACCAACAAAGCCGGUCUCCUCCCAGUCGGCGUCAUCGACGUCGAAGGCAGCUUUAGCCAACAAGAAUGCGUGCGGCUCUCCGUCUUGCCCACGCGGACCUCGCCGCUCAGCGAAGGAGAAGAAGUCGGCCGAGCGCUGGUCAACUAUUCGUCGGCCGAGAUCAAGCGAUUCAAGGGAGUCAGGAGCAGCCAAAUUGCGGAGAUUAUCGGGUAUGCAGACAGUGAGUACGUGGCGCUGAGGGAGAGCGUGGCGUUGUUUCGGAGGGAGAUGAGUCGGCCGGUGACGCCGAUGAAUGAGAAUUCGAAGAGGAUUAGUCUGGGAAGGUUGAGCAGUUAUGUUGAUAGUUAG